CGCACACUCGCAUUCUGCUGGAAUUUCACCUCUGGAAGUUUUUUUUCGCGCUGAUCUUAUAAAGUGUGUGUUUAAAUAGCUUUCGUGAUAUUUGGAUGUUAUUUCCCUUCAUCAUUCAAGGAUCCUAUUAUUAAAGACAGGAUUUGGCUGGGGAGGUGAAGGGACCAUGCUGUCCAUGAGCUGUGCGGACCCCUGGCCGGAGGGCUCUGUGGGUCUUGAGGAGGAGGUGGUAACUGCCGCAGCCCAGGCUGAACAGUUAGACAGGAGCUCCACUGAGUACAACAGCAGCAGCUGUAGCUCCGACAUUUUAGACGACAGUCUAACCAGCCUUCAAUGGCUUCAGGAAUUCUCAAUUCUCAAUGCCAGUGGGGGGCAACACUCAUCUUCAUCCAGCCAUCACCAGAGCCACUUUUUCAGGAACCAAGUAGGCUUGGAUGCACCUGCAUCUCCUUUAGCUGGAGAUCCAGCAUCCAUUGGUAUGCCACUGACCCCUGGCAAACCAACAGAGGCAGCGUUCUGCAGGGUGCCUUCAUUGUCGGCUCUACCCAGCUUGGUUGCACACGGGCAUUGUCCGGAUGAAGUCGAUUAUAAGACCAACCCUAAUUUCAAGCCUCCUUACUCAUAUGCGACUCUCAUCUGCAUGGCCAUGCAAGCUAGUAAGAAAACCAAAAUCACCCUUUCAUGCAUCUACAAAUGGAUCACAGACAACUUCUGUUACUUCCGCCAUGCAGAUCCCACUUGGCAGAAUUCCAUCCGCCACAAUCUGUCAUUGAACAAAUGCUUCAUUAAAGUCCCAAGACAAAAGGAUGAGCCAGGGAAGGGAGGCUUCUGGAAGAUUGACCCCCAAUAUGCAGAACGUCUCCUCAGUGGUGCGUACAAGAAACGUCAAAUGCCCCCUGUGAAAAUAAACCCAGUUCUUCAGAACCGGCUCCGGAUGAACUCCCAGACAGGACCAGUUGUGGCCACCACUGGAUUGAACGGAAGUCUUUGUGUGAGUCCUGAGUCCCAGCAGCUUCUGAAAGAGUUUGAAGAAGCCACGAGAGCAGAUCAGAACUGGGACCCUCGUUUGGCUGAAGCCACCAUGCUUAAUUGUUGGGUCUCAGGGAAAGGCAACAAGAGGAAACAACCUUAUGCAUACAGGACUGGUGGGAGCAAAGCUUCAAGACAUUCAAGCUCCCCAUUGAUGGACAUGGAUGAGCAAGAAGACUUAAGCUCUCUGAAGGGCAACUUUGAUUGGGACGCCCUGCUGGACUCAGCCCUUAACGGAGAAUUGAGCUUAAAUGAAGGGGUUCCUUUGAGCCCAAUCCCACGAGAUGACGACUUGAUGGUUAGGGGCACCCAUAUCAGCCCUCUUGAAGCUCCUGAUGGUGUAGUUGAGAGUCAUGUGUUAAUGGAAACCCAAAGGAGCAGCGAAGAAGACUUUGAUGAGGAAACAUUUCUGGCCACAGCAUUUCUACAGAGUCCCUGGUCAGAUGCAGAAGAAGGCAACCGUCCAGACUUCCUUUGUAGCUCGACAGUCAACAUUGAUCAACUGUUUGACCUAGGAGACUCUCUUGGAGGUGACAUAAGCAGUAAGAUCGAGUCUCUCCUUUGAGGAGGUCAUCAGUUACACUUCAAUUACAUUGAGUCCUUUGGACCCAAACAAGUUCAAGAACAAAGAGGAUUAAGAUUUCAUACUGGAUUCCAUGAACCCUUUGUGAACAUGUAUUUUUAAAGGUGUGUCUAUUUCUAAUACAAAUUUUUAUGAUAAAAUUUUUUGUAUUUGUCAAGUUAUACCAUCAUUGACCUUAAAUCUAAUCUAAUCAAGAUCCUCAGAGAUUGCUUCAAAUAAUGAAAGACUGGAUUCUAAAACCAGCACUGGACUUGAAAAAGCAAGUUUGUUGUUAUUUACAAUCCAAAUUGACAUAAUGGAAUAUGCAUCUAUCAGCCACAACAUUAAAUCCACCUGCCUAAUAUUGUGUAGGUCCCCCUUGUGCCGCCAAAACAGCGCUAACAGUGUUAUUCUUCUCAACACAAUUGUACAGAGCAGUUAUCUGAGUUACUGUAGACAUUGUCAAUUAGAAUCAGUCUGGCCAUUC